CCGCCCCGUGUGCAUCACUACCAAAAAUAUAAUACCCAAAAUAUAUGGAUAAAAUGUUUAGCUAACAUUAACAUUAGAUAUCUUUGUCAUGUUGAAAAGGGUAUAAAGUAAAAACAACAUAAAUGGCUUCAACCACACAACCGUCUUUCACGCCUAAACAACAUUAAGAGGUCCACAAAAUUGCCAUAAACUAUUCUCUUCCAUUAAUUUUCUAUUUCCUUUUUUUGAAGUUUUUCAACCGCAUCUCUCGUUUCUACCACUUUAACUAAAAACCCUUCUCACCAAAACCAAUUCAUCUCUCUCUCUUUCUCUCUCAAUUUUCCCAGGAAAAAAAUAAAAAAUAAAAACCACAAAACCACAAAACAACACCCUCAAGCACAUCAAAUCAAAGCCUGAGGAAAGGAAAGCCAUAAGGGUGGUUUUAUUUGGUUGAAUACGAAUAAAAAAAGACUUAAAAUAAUAAUUAGGAAAAAAACUUAGAGAAGAAAAAAAAGGAGAGAGGGAGAUAAAAGAGUGUUAUAGAAAAGGAGGAUGGGGGAUACGACGACAGAAAACAGUGGGGGGAGACCAUCGUCGUCUCUAAUGGACAGUUUGCUCGGACUCCUCAGAAUCCGAGUCAAACGAGGCAUUAAUCUUGCCGUUCGCGAUGUCCGCAGCAGCGAUCCCUAUCUUGUUGUCAAGAUGGGAAAACAGAAACUGAAGACACGCGUGAUUAAGAAGGAUGUUAACCCUGAGUGGAAUGAAGAUCUAACUCUUUCUGUUACAGACCCUAAUCUUCCUAUUAUGUUGACAGUAUACGACCAUGACACAUUUAGCAUGGAUGACAAAAUGGGAGAUGCAGAAUUCAACAUAAAAUCAUACAUCGAAGCUCUGAAGAUGAACUUAGAAGACCUUCCGAGUGGGACCAUAAUCACGAGAGUACAGCCAAGCAGGCAAAACUGCUUGGCCGAAGAAAGCUGCAUCAUGUGGAGUGAAGGCAAAGUGGUUCAAGAUCUCUGCCUCAGAUUGAGAAAUGUCGAAUGUGGUGAAGUAGAAGUUCAACUCCAAUGGAUUGACCUUCCUGGUUGUAAGGGUUUAUAAAAUAUAUCUUAUAUUAUGACUAAAAAAAACUUGCAUAUAACUUAAAAGGGUUGGUUUCUUUCAAAAGAUUUUAGCUUUAAAUGUUGGAAAUUAUUGGUUGAAAAUUACCACUUUCAGCCUAAUCGAGCACUCCAAAAGUUAUGGGCUCCUGGGCUUUAUGUUUAGUGCAACACUUGGGCUGUGUAGGAUUUCAACAA